AUGCAUCCAACAAAGAGAAAGAAAUGGUGGCAAGUCUGUUCUGCAAACUGGCAGCUCUUGUCAGACAUAGGAUAUCAUUGUUUGGAAGUGAUUCUGCCACCAUGCACUGUAAUGAAGUCUGGAUCUGAGCUGGUGAAAGCUGGAGUUCGUGCUUUCUUUGAAAAUGCUGCAGAAGAUUUAGAAAAGACAUUAGAAAAUCUUAAGCUGGGGAAAUUUACUCACUCCAGGACUCAGAUGAAGGGAGUCUCUCAGAACAUUAACUACACCACAGUGGCCCUCCUUCCUAUACUGACUUCCAUUUUUGAACAUGUGGCUCGUCAUCAGUUUGGAGUUGAUUUGCUGUUGGACGAUGUUCAAGUUUCCUGCUACCGCAUCCUCUGCAGCCUUUACUCACUUGGAACAGGAAAGAACAUUUAUGUUGAAAGGCAGCGUCCUGCCCUAGGAGAAUGUCUGGCAGCUCUAGCUGGAGCUAUUCCGGUAGCUUUUCUUGAGCCAUCGCUAAACCACAACAAUCCACUCUCCGUUUUCAAUACCAAAUCUCCUCGGGAGAGAGCUAUUCUAGGCAUGCCAGACACAGUGGAAGAGAUGUGUCCAGAAAUGCCACACCUAGAAGGUCUUAUGAAAGAGAUUAAUGACUUGGCUGAAUCUGGAGCUAGGUACACAGAGAUGCCACAUGUUAUUGAGGUCAUCCUUCCAAUGCUAUGCAACUAUCUUUCUUAUUGGUGGGAGAGAGGUACGGAGAAUGUGCCAGAAAAUGCUAGGCCAUGCUGUACGCAGGUGACGUCCGAACACCUCAGUGUCAUACUGGGAAACAUCCUGAAAAUCAUAAACAACAAUUUGGGAAUAGAUGAAGCAUCUUGGAUGAAGAGAAUUGCAGUCUAUGCUCAGCCAAUUAUCAGCAAAGCCCAGCCAGACCUUCUAAAGAGCCAUUUUAUUCCCACACUGGAGAAACUGAAGAAGAAAGCAAUAAAGAUUGUGCAAGAGGAGGAGCAGCUGAAAGCAGACAGCAAGGCUGACACUCAGGAAGCAGAGUUGCUCAUUCUGGAUGAGUUUGCAGUUUUAUGUAGAGAUCUCUAUGCUUUUUAUCCUAUGCUGAUCCGAUACGUAGAUAACAACAGGUCAAACUGGCUCAAAAAACCAGAUGUUGAUUCUGAUGAUCUGUUCAGAAUGGUGGCUGAAGUUUUCAUUCUUUGGUGUAAAUCACAUAAUUUUAAAAGAGAAGAACAGAAUUUUGUAAUUCAGAAUGAGAUCAAUAAUUUGGCAUUCCUGACUGGAAACAACAAGAGUAAGAUGUCUAAACCCAUACAAGUGAAGUCUGGAGGGCAAGAUCAGGAGAGGAAGAGAACAAAGCGCAGAGGAGAUCUUUACUCCAUACAGACAUCCCUGAUUGUGGCUGCCUUGAAAAAGAUGCUACCCAUUGGGCUGAACAUGUGCACCCCGGGGGAUCAGGAACUCAUUUCCCUUGCAAAGAUCCGAUAUAGCCUUAAAGACACAGAUGAAGAAGUAAAAGAACACCUACGCAGCAACCUCCACCUGCAGGAGAAGUCUGAAGACCCUGCAGUGAAAUGGCAGCUGAAUCUCUACAAGGAUAUUCUAAAAAGUGAUGAGACGGAUCCAGAGAAAGCAGUAGACCGUGUUCAGAAAAUAUCUGCAGCUGUCUUCCAUCUUGAACAGGUGGAGCAGCCCUUGAGAUCUAAGAAAGCUGUCUGGCACAAGCUCCUGUCGAAGCAAAGGAAGCGAGCUGUUGUGGCCUGUUUUCGCAUGGCUCCUUUGUACAAUCUGCCA